AUGAUAGAGUUUAUAUUCACUCUGUACACCGAUCUAAGUUUCCUCAAAUGUCUCACAAACAUCAGAGAACUAACUACGGAAGAAAAAGAGAAAUUCAUAAAAGUGGCUCACGCAGACCAUCUAGGCGAACAAAAUACACUGGACAAAGCAAUAACACCUUCGACAUUGAGAAGACAUUUAGAGACAGCACAUCCACAAGGUGCAGGCAGGCCCAUCCACUUUUUUGAAGGAAAAUUGGAUGAUUUCUGCAUGGAGCAUAACGAGGGGAUGGAAAAUGCAAUGGGCACUUCUGACUUUUUCAACUCAAAACUGUUACGAGCCUUCUAUUAUGCAUCAUUAUUGAUUCCGCGCAAUUCCAAACCGCACACAUUAAUGGAGACCACAGUUAUGCCGAUAAUAGUUUAUGCUGUGCGAGAAGUCCUAGGAGAAGACGCUGCUAUUAAAAUUGCGACAAUUCCUCAUUCGAACAAUACAACAAAAAGAAGAAUUGAAGAAAUGUCGAGUGACAGUCAAUUUCAAUUGAAAGUAGCAUUGAACAGCAGUCCCUACUUUUCUCUUCAAUUUUACGAGUCGGUGGAUGUUUCUGGAGCUGCUUAG